AUGGCGGUCCCACUCUAUACAGCCUCGCCAAUCAACACAAACGUGCCGCUAAGCGCGUUUCCCUCCAGUCCCUCAACAUUCGCGAUGAGAUAUACACCAGCCGAAGCACUAGACGAAGUCCUAGCUACAUCAGUCCCGCUGCCACCCUCAAAGCCGGUAACGCCUUCGCCAGAAGCAAUGCAGAACACCCAAAGAGCCAACACGCUUGCACACACCUCCAACGCGUUCCCAACAUCACCCACGCCUAUGAAAGCUCAACCCAGCCAAGCGACAAACUUCACAACACCCGCCUACAGCACGCAUUCCCACAACAGCAGCGGCACCUCCUCCCCACAACCGCCCUCCCUGACUCGCCUCUCCAUUCCCAGCACGCCUUCUUCAUCCCCCAAGCUCCCUACCGCCAUCCCAUACACAGGUGCCUCAGCAAUGGGCAGCCCCGUCUCCCGAGUCUCCUCAACCUACAGCCCACCCCACCUACCCCAUCACGCCCGCAACAUCUCCUCCAUCAGCGCCAUCUCCGGCUUCUCCUCCCCCUACCUCUCCACCCCCAUCGCCCACGCAGUUCCCACCACACCAGGCAACAACCCACCCGGCUACGUCCAAAACACCCGCGACAGCUUCGAAGACCGGCCCCUCGCCGACGUCGAGGAACAGACUUACUCCCUCCCGCGCUCGCCCCUCCGACAAUCAUACUCUGCUCUCCAUAACAGUGGGGUACACAGCCCAUUCUACGCGCCGCCGAGUUCUAACGACGUAUUCGGGCAUCGGCACCGGAAGAGCUAUGCGGGCGGUCCAGGAAUUCUCAACGGGGAGAUUUUUUUCCAGAAUCUGGAUGGGGUCAAUCAUGAAGGGACUGAUGGUGGUGAUGAGAAUGUGUGGGAGGUGGCGGGCAAGUGGGCGAAGAUGGGGUGGCGGAAGCUGGGGGAGGCGGAGGAGGGGGUUUGGCGGGUUGUUAGUGGCGAGCGGUGA